CUGCCCCUCCAGAGUACAAUAAACCAGACCCCAGUGACCCUGCAGGUACCUGGUCUAAUGAGUUCACAAGUACAGAUGGGCGGUCAUCCAACUGAAGUGUUGUGCCUCAUGAAUAUGGUAUUACCUGAGGAGCUCCUGGAUGAUGAGGAAUAUGAAGAGAUUGUUGAGGAUGUCCGCGAUGAGUGUAGCAAGUAUGGUGUUGUCAAAUCCAUUGAAAUCCCCCGGCCUGUUGAUGGAGUUGAGGUGCCUGGCUGUGGAAAGAUAUUUGUGGAGUUCACAUCUGUCUUUGACUGUCAGAAGGCCAUGCAAGGCCUCACUGGACGCAAGUUUGCAAACCGGGUUGUUGUGACCAAGUACUGCGAUCCUGACUCCUAUCAUCGCCGAGACUUCUGGUAGCCCAGCCCUUGAACCAGCCUUGAGGGGGUUUUGUGGAGGCAACUCGCUGGCCAGAGAAGCUCCUUUAGCAGCAUAGGCUGUUUAUAUUUUAUGGUCAAAACCUGUAUUCCCCCCCCCCUCCAUUUUUCCCGGUUCCUUCCUUUUCUAAACCUGCCAUCUGCCCACCCACCCAUGCCCCCACUGGUUUUCCAAUAAUGGUUACUUUGUAGUCAAAAUGUUGUCUCUUAUCCCAUAUUUCCCCUCCCUCCUUUCUCUGUGAUGUUUCAGAUUUUUUUUUUGCUAAAAGAAGUUUUGCUGUCAAAACAGUAGGCCUGUUUUUGUUGUAUUUUCCUUUCUUCUACGUUGUGUGUAUGGACAACUGU